AUACAGUUCAUCCGUCUGUCUGUCUAUUCACAGAACACAGUGCUGUUGUGUCGCUGGCUCAAUAUAGUAGUAAUACAGAAUUCAAAGUUGCUCGCUGAAAAAAAAAAUAGUAACACACUUAAGACAAAUUAUACAUUUUUUCGAAAGAUUUUAUAAUUUUCUCAUUGAGUCGUCUCCAAUACUUAGAGUACCAUGAACAUGUUCCGGAUUGUUGCGCUUAUUAGCGCGUUGUGUAUAAACGGGAACCUGGCGUUCACAUCCGGCGAUGAUAAAUUCAUAAAAAAAUACGCUAUGAUGAAGGUGUACGAGAAUUGUUUCGGACAAGAAGUAAUUAAAGAAGUACGUAAAGAAAUGAAAAUCGCCACGGCUAAAUGCAAUGGCAACAUACCCAUGAGCGUGCCUACACCGAGUAUAGGCUCUUUAAAACUGGCCAUGGGACCAAUAAGUGCACAUGAAUUUGGUAGUAUACAUCAACAACAACAGCAACAUCAAACAAAACCUCAGGAAGAAACACCUUACAGCAAGACGCAGCAGCCAAGUAUCGACAUCAGCAAAUUGCAACAAGCUAUAUUGGCUGGAUACAAUAAACACCUGCAACAACAAUCUUCCUCUCAGCCGUACUCGCAAUCAGCGUCCGCAGCGGUACAGUCUCAGCAGCAACAGCAGCAGCAAUACAUCAAACCAUGGACGUCCGGUUCUUCGUCGUCGUUCUUGGACCAACAGCCAUACAUGACCAACGCAUUGUUCUACCCUCCGAAUCCGGUGUCUAACACUGGCAACGACAUUUACUUGCCAAGGAUAUCUAACAUCCCGCAGCAGCCAUAUUCCAGUGUUUACCCUAUGAUGCAAGCCGGUCAAAUGUACCAACCUUACUACCAGCCAUUCUUCCCUACACACCGAACUUCAAGGGUUGGCGGGUUUGACGUACGCAACCAAAUGGACACAAUGGCCGCUAAAAUGACCGGUAAAAUCAGGAACGUCACAUGCGUUAUGCAAGAACUUGGAUACCUCAAUCAAAAUAUGGAACCUGAUUAUGAGAACAUGAACGAUCGGGUGAUGAGGUUACCGAUAGCCGAAGAACUGAAACAGGACAUGGUCGAUGGCAUAACAUACUGCAAGAAAUUUUCGAUGUGCGUACCGGACGAAAGAAAAGACAAAUUCGCCAAAGAGUUGGUGCGUCCAAUGUUCUUUUUCAAAUGCUAUAAGCAUAAAAAAUUGGAAUCGUGUAUCAUGAAAGACAUCAGAGAUCGUUACACGGCAGAAGAAUUCGGUGAAGACAACAUAGUGGCGUCCGAACGAUCAAUGAGAAGUCCACAUUACUUAGAAGACGAUACCAUCGAACAAACCGUGUUUGACUAUAUUUACGGUGAAAAGUCCAUAGACCUAGACGUAUUGCUGUAA